GUCACUGUCUCGCCAACCACGCUGUGCUGUCCCUAAACCCUCACAUCUACCCAUCUGAGAGUCAGAUCAAGUAAUCCUCUUACAGGUCAAUGAUUUUUGCAGUGUAGCUUCGUUUAAGGGAUUUAAGCUCAAUUCAUUAUGUACUACCAUUGCGUUGAAAUGGAAAGGCUGGCUUAGAAGGGGCUUGGCUGGCACAAAAGCUUCACGUUGUGUGUCCCACCAGCACGGAGAGACAGUGGGAAGGAGGAAAUCUAACAGCAGUGCCAGCCCUGCACUGAAAAUGAAGGCUCUCCUGUUACUGGUUCUACCUUGGCUAAGUCCUGCAAACUACAUAGACAAUGUGGGCAACCUGCACUUCUUGUACUCCGAGCUAUGUAAAGGAGCAUCCCACUACGGCCUUACCAAGGAACGGAAGAGGCGUUCCCAAGACUGCUCUCCAGGCCAUGACUCCAGCUUAGCAGUAGCUGCCCUGGGCCCUGAGCUCUCAGCAGCUGCAGCCAUCGCCUUAAUGACAGAUGAUCCAGGGCUGGUGAACCCAGCCUUCAGUCCCACCUCGGAGGACAACCAGUCAGGCAGCAGCCCUGGAGACUUGCAUCGCAGCAACCGAAACAGAACUCGUCACUUUGAACGCUCCACUAUAAGAAGCAGAUCUUUUAAAAAAAUAAACAAGGCAUUCAGUGUUCUUCGAAGGACAAAAAGUGGAAGCGCCGUUUCCAACCAGACUGACCAGGAAAGGGAGACUGUUGGAAACUCUGCUGCUGGAGAUGAAGGUUUUCCCAGGUUGUAUCAUCUGAUUCCAGAUGGGGAAGUUACCUGCAUUAAGAUCAACCGAACUGAUCCCCAUGAAAACCUGGCCAUUAGGAUUGUGGGAGGCAGUGAAACUCCUUUGGUUCACAUUAUUAUACAGCAUAUUUAUCGAGAUGGGGUAAUUGCCAGAGAUGGAAGAUUGCUGCCUGGAGACAUGAUACUAAAGGUAAAUGGCAUGGACAUAAAAAAUGUGCCUCACAACUAUGCCCUGUCAAUCCUGAAGCAACCCUGCCACGUGCUCCGACUGACAGUGCUCCGAGAGCAGAGGUACCGAUGCCGAAGCAGCGGACUUUCUCUUGAUGCUCACUGCAACAGGGACGACAGCUUCCAUGUUGUGCUGAACAAAAGCAGCCCAGACGAGCAGCUGGGAAUAAAGCUGGUUCGCAAGGCCGAUGAACCGGGGGUUUUUGUUUUCAACCUGCUGCAAGGCGGCGUGGCCGCCCGCGAUGGACAGCUUCAGGAGAACGACCGGGUGCUGGCCAUCAAUGGGCACGAUCACCGGUUCGGCAGCCCAGAGAGCGCAGCCCAGCUGAUACAGGCCAGCGAGAAGCAGGUUCACUUCAUCGUGUCACGGCAGACCAGGCAGCAGACCCCUGACAUCUUGCAGGAGACAGGCUGGAGCUACAGCAGAGGCAGCCCUCAGCCCUGUCCCCCCGAGAGGAACAACCCUGGCAAGAGCACCCUUCACACCGUCACCUGUCACGAAAAGGUGGUGACUGUCUGGAAAGAUCACACAGAAUCACUGGGAAUGACUGUAGCAGGCGGAGCAUCUAACCGGGAAUGGGAUUUGCCUAUCUAUGUGAUAAGUGUCGAACCUGGAGGAGUUAUCAGCAGAGACAGCAGGAUAAAAACAGGUGACAUCCUCCUAAAUGUAAACGGGAUUGACCUGACGGGUGUCAGCCGGAGUGAGGCUGUUGCCCUGCUGAAAAACACCAACUCCUCGGUGGUGCUCAAAGCCCUGGAGAUGAGAGCAUGUGAAGCCCAGGAGGAGCAGGGCUGCCUGCCACCCCCCGAGGCCGUGCAGGACACCACAGAGAGCAGUGAGUGCUCACCUUCCUGGGUUAUGUGGCUGGGGCUGCCACGAUAUUUGUACAGCUGCAAAGAAAUUGUAUUACGCAGAAAUACAGCUGGAAGUCUUGGCUUCAGCAUCGUGGGAGGUUAUGAAGAACAUACUGGGAACAAACCAUUCUUCAUCAAAUCCAUUGUUGGGGGAACACCAGCAUAUCAUGAUGGCAGAAUUAGAUGUGGCGACAUCCUCCUUGCUGUCAAUGGCAGGAACACAUCAGGAAUGAUGCAUGCCUGCUUGGCAAGGAUGCUCAAAGAACUGAAAGGAAAAAUUACUCUCACAAUUGUGUCCUGGCCUGGCACUUUUUUAUAAAACAAGUCUUCACGGAGAGUAUGACAAGUAAUUUAACACAGCAAAAAAAGGAACAUCAGUCUCUGUUUUUUUGGGGAGGAUCAAGUAUGUGUUUAUAAAGAAAAGGUUUGUGAAAUUGCAACCUGCAUGUCAACAAAAGGCAAGUUUAGGCAAAGCAGGAAUACCUGUCAGAAAAAUCACUUCAGUGAUGUAAGCUACAGACUUAAGUCUUCCCCCUUCCCUGUGUUCUUAAGGUUUUUUUUUACGUAUACAGUCAAUUCAUUAUUAUAAUAAUGAAAUCAAAGCAGCAGCAGCUCCUGCUCACUCACUUUUAUUUACAAAAAGAAA